GACGAUCAUAUUGUUUUUUCUUCAUUAAUUCAUGUCGGAGAAAAUAUGAGUUAAAGAAUUUUGUAAACAAACUUUGACGUACGAUUGACGUUUGGUUAGUUACAAUAAACGCCACUAGAUGGAUAUGAAUUCAAGAUUUUAAGGUUAUUUAUUUUUCGCGUUAAUUUUCAUCUUGCAUUUUCUUAAAUCAACAAUGCUUUCACGUGCAUUUAUAUAUUCGUCAAUAUUGGAUACCGUAAAGGUAUCGUCAGCCGGGGCCAAUCCACUCGUUUUAAAAUCAUCAGUUGUUGGAGGAUCAUAUAUUACAGUUCGAAAUAAAAUAUCAACUCCUAUUAAUACUGUUAUAAUGUUUGUACCCCAACAGGAGUCAUGGAUAGUAGAACGUAUGGGUAAAUUUCACCGAAUAUUAGAACCUGGUUUAAAUGUGUUAUUACCAGUUAUAGAUCGGGUUAAAUAUGUGCAAAGUUUAAAAGAAAUUGCAAUUGAUGUACCCAAACAGAGCGCAAUCACAUCAGAUAAUGUAACGCUAAGUAUCGAUGGUGUAUUAUAUUUACGAAUAUUAGAUCCAUAUUUAGCAAGUUAUGGUGUUGAAGAUCCAGAAUUUGCCAUUACACAACUAGCACAAACCACAAUGAGAUCAGAAUUAGGAAAAAUUUCAUUGGAUAAAGUAUUUCGAGAACGUGAAAGUUUAAAUGUUAGCAUAGUGGAAUCGAUAAAUAAAGCUAGUGAAGCAUGGGGGAUAACAUGUCUACGUUAUGAAAUUCGUGACAUAAAAUUACCUGCAAGAGUACAAGAAGCGAUGCAAAUGCAGGUCGAAGCUGAAAGGAAAAAACGUGCUGCUAUCCUAGAAUCUGAAGGUGUGCGUGAAGCCGAUAUUAAUGUAGCAGAAGGAAAACGGCAAUCUCGAAUUCUUGCUUCUGAGGCUGAACAACAGGAAAGAAUAAACAAAGCCAAAGGUGAAGCAACCGCCAUACUUAAAAUUGCUGAAGCGCGAGCCUGCAGUUUAAAUGUUGUUGCAAAUGCAUUACAAUCAGUGAAUGGAAAAAACGCUGCAUCAUUAAGUGUCGCUGAACAAUAUGUACAUGCAUUUCAAAAGAUGGCACGCACAAAUAAUACACUUAUAUUACCAUCAAAUGUUGGUGAUGUAUCUAGUUUGGUUGCACAAGCAAUGAGCGUUUUUAAUCAUGUAACAAAAGAAAAUAAUAGACAAGCAGAGAAUGUUUCAGAUCAUGAAAAUCUUGCUCAAUCAUCAUCGAAUGUAAUUGAUUCGUCACAAAACGAAAUGCAACAAUUGUUAUCUAAAGAAAAUCAAGAUGAAAAAGAUAUAAAACCUGUGCGUUCUGAUGUUUUGUAAA